AAAAUGUACCGGACACUGCUGGCCGUGGCAAAAGCAUUUGUCAUCCUAAUCUAGGUUGUGCUGGAUGUAGAAACUAAGUACUCGAAAAGAGAACAUCUGUCUUUACUGAAGGAUGAGCACCCUUGCUGUAAAUGAUGAAAACAUUGGAGACUGCUGUAGCCGAAAGCCCGUUGGUUUGGAGGUGAUCUGUGACAUCCUAUCAACUGCCCAGCCCACUGGAAGACCUUCCAUACUCCGCCAGUCCCAGAUGGAGAACAUGCCGUCCAAAAACAUGCCAAAGGCCAAGGUUUGUUUUCAGACGCCCCAGAGACACCCGGUCACAAAGAAGAUCAUGUCUCCCUCAAAUCGCCAAAAUUCUGGGGUUACGGAUUCUUCGGAUCUGUUUCAGUCAUUGGCUAAGCAGAUGGCAUCUUUGGAAAUCAAAGGGAGCCCUGUAAUGGAAAAACCAAAACCAGGGUCCUGUGACAUUGGCAAGGCUGAAUCCCCCUUUUCAAAUGACAUGGUAAUCCAGACCAAAGGAGGGUACCAGCUGGAUUUCGACAACCUGGAAGCAGUGAAUCCUUUUAAGUCCUCCAAUCUGAUGGAUAACUCCCCAGUGAAGAUUCCAAACCCUGCAGACCUUCAGACCACAGUGCAGGGCAAAGCCCAAGAUCCCUUCAAAUCAUCCAGUCUGGUGGGUAACUCCCCAGUGAAGACUCCAGUGCCUGAAGAACUUCAGACUUCUUUACAGAGUGAGCCUCAGGCCAAAACCACAGCUGGUAGUACCCCCCAGACCCCUGAGCAGCGUGAAGUUAUGGAUCCGUUUAAAGCCUCCAAUCGGAUGGUCAACUCCCCAGUAAAUACCCAGACCUCGGCAGGGUUUCAGGCUACUGUACAAAGUGAAGCCAUGGAUCCUUUUACAGCCUCCAAUCUGAUGACUAACUCCCCGGUCAAGACUCCAAUCCUUCCAGAAGUCCAGGCCACUGUACAGGUCGAAGCUCAAGAUCCCUUCAAAGGCUCUGAUUUGAUGGUCAAUUCCCCAUUGAAGACCCAGAUCUCUGCAGAACUUCAGACCGCUCCACACAGUGAUGGUAUUGAUCCAUUUAACCUCGCCAGUCUGAUGACAAACUCCCCAGUAAAGACUCCAACCCCUACGGACCUUCAGACCACUUUACCGAGUGAGCCUCAGGCCGAAAUCACGGCCAGUAUUGCCCCCCAGACCCCUGUGCAGCAUGAAGUCAUGGAUCCUUUCAAAGCCUGCAGUCAGAUCGUCAACUCUCCAGUAAAGACCCAGACCCCUGGAGAGCAUCGGACCCCUGUACAGUGUGAGACCAUGGGUGCUUUUAAAGCUUCCAACCUGAUGGUCAACUCUCCAGUCAAUAUCCGGACCCCUGUACAGUGCGAGGCCAUGGAUGCUUUUAAAGCUUCCAACAUGAUGGUCAACUCUCCAGUGAAGCCCCUGGUCUCUGCAGUGCCCCAGACCACAGGGCAGGGUGGGGCCUUGACGGACUGCGCUGAUGAGCAGCCGGGGACGGCGGUCGAAGCUGCUGGGCCGCUGGACGAAACCCUCCCCUUCUCAGAGCAUUCUCUGGCCGACUUGUCGACUGAGGUGCGCUCCACCGAGAGCACCGUGAUCAUCGACCUGAAGCAGAUGGGCGAGGAGUCCCAGAGCGAGGCGGGACUGGAGGAUGUGGCUGAGAUGCUGGAUCCCAAACAAGAUGGCCUGUUCAGCGGCGACAUUUCCCAGCCUGUGGAAACGCCCCCCGUAACACCGAGAGGGGCUUACAACUUCGAUUUCGACAACCUGGACUCUGUCAACCCCUUCCAAACUGGUAGUUCCAAACUUCUGAAUUCCCCUGUGAUUAAUAAGCCACAGCCCAGUAAUGCCCCACCUGCCAUUCCAGAGGUGCCUAAAGAGCUAGAUGUAGGCAAGGAGUCCGUCCUGCCGGAGAGCAAGCCUACUGCUUUGACACCGAACGUCCAGACGCCCAAGGCCUCGUACAGCUUUGAUUUCUCCCCUUUUGGCAUGGACUCAGAGAUGGAGAGAGCUCCCAAAUCUCGCACAAAAUCCAUUCCAAGCCUGACUGGAAAUGUGCAGGUAGAGACUUCUGUGCAAGAUGACAUUGGUGCUGAGAUUGCACUGGACAACACACCUGUUCAAAAGGAUAAUGCAAAGGAGGUUUUGCCCAGGGUUGGAGACGUCGCUCCUGUUAACAUGGACUUGGUGAUACCUGCCACAGAAGAGAAGACCCUUCUGGAAAAGAGCACCUCGGUCUCUGUUGAUGUGCCAGAGUGCCCAGCCAUUCUGGAGUCCAUUCCUGAACCCAUUCCCGAGCCCAUUCUGGAGUCCAUUCCUGAACCCAUUCCCGAGCCCAUUCUGGAGUCCAUUCCUGAACCCAUUCCCAGGCAGCCCAUGUGGCAAACCCCAGAAAUCCCCGUCCGCCUGGGUCCCGCCGAGAACUCCCAGAACAGCCUUGCAGCAACGGAGGAAGAGUUUGUUCCUGGAGCUACGUUCAUGUCUGCUGAUUUUGGCCAGAUCGACUAUCUUGAACAGUUUGGAUCCACCAUGUUCAAGGAGUCUGCGCUGAGGAAGCAGUCUCUGUACCUGAAGUUUGACCCCCUGGUGAAGGAGAGCCCCAAGAAGCCUGCCGCAUGCGCCGCGGACGCGCACCACGUCCCCCUGCCCCCCUCCUUCGCCUCACGGUUGGAGAAGCAGGCCGGUGGGGCCAAACCCAAGGAGGCGAGCAGCUCGGAGAGGCCAGACGCGUUCUUCUUACUGGAGGGUUUCGCAGCACCGGCUGCAGCUCCCUUUGUGCCCAGUUCCUCCUCUACGUUCGACUCGCUGGUCCCCGCCCUCCCCAAACCCGCCGGAGAGGAAGCCGCCAUCAUAGAGGUCCUGAUGUACAGCCAGAGCGACCUGGAUGCCGUCAUCGCCAAGGUCAAAGCGGAGGCAAAAGAGAGGGAUGAAGAAUGGAAAGCAAAGUUUGACAAAUUGACGCAGGAUAACAAGGAGAUGGGGAACAUCAUGGCUGACUUUGAGGCAACAGUAUCUCAGGUUAUUGCGGACAGUAAGAAGCAGAAGGCGGAGGCCCAGAAGGAGCUGCAGAAGGUGGUCCAGGAGAAGGAGCAGGUGACGAUGGACCUCAACGCCAUGGAGCGCUCCUUCUCCGAGCUCUUCAAAAGGCUGGAGAAGUACAAGGAGGUCAUCGAAGGGUAUAAGAAGAAUGAAGACAUCCUGAAAAAGUGUGCCCAGGAUUACCUCGCCAGGAUCAAACAGGAGGAGCAGCGCUACCAGACCCUGAAAGUGCACGCGGAGGAGAAGAUCAGCCUAGCGAAUGAUGAGAUUGCACAGGUGCGCUCUAAGCUGAAGGCGGAGACGUCGGCGUUGCAGGCGCAGCUGCGCAGGGAGCAGCUGAAAGUCUGUUCGCUGGAGAAGAGUCUGGAGCAGAAGGCAAAGGAAACCGAAGAGCUCACCAAACUCUGUGAUGACCUCAUAGCGAACGUGCAGAAGCGCUGAACACAACCACUGUCUUCGUCCUCGUCCUUGUCUUCGUCUGUCUUUUAUCCAUGUUUUUAAAUGUUGAAAGGAACACUUGACUAAUUAAUAAAAAUCAUUGACUGGCCGCUGUUGUUUUGUCUUGCACUGUGGGCAAUGCCUCCUGUAAUGGGGCCACCCUUCUGAAGGCACUUUACUGCCAACGUUGAGUUUAUAAAUGGCGUGUAGCUAUAACCACUGGAAUUUGUCCUGACACAAUGACUGUCAAACUGGCAUGUAGUGAUUUUGUUCAUAAAUUUUUGAUUAUUUCACACUUUUGAUGUUAUGGGCAGUUAUGAAAUGUUAUUAAUUUCUCAUUAUAAAUGGUGAGAUUUGAUAUUUUGACACAUUGCUAGUGGUAUUAAACACAUUUGCAGUUUUUUGGUGUGUUGACUUGUAAUUUCUAAAUAAAUAAAAUCUACAUUUUAAAAG